CUCCCAAGGUGAAGAAGCCGCCCCUCCUCGGGUUUGUAGCCCUCAGGGCCUCCAAACAUGUCCGAGGUGAAGAGCCGGAAGAAGUCAGCGCCCAAGGCAGCGCCCGCGGAGCCCGGGAAGCGGAGCGAGGGCGGGAAAAUCCCCGAGGCCCGUGCUGCUGGAGGCAAGGGCUGGGCGGAUCCCCGGACGGGCUUGAGCCUGCUGUCGCUGGGGACGUGCUUGGGCCUGGCCUGGUUUGUAUUUCAGCAGUCUGAAAAGUUUGCAGAGGUGGAAAACCAAUACCAGCUGCUGAAAAUAGAAACCAACGAGUUCCAAGGACUUCAAAGUAAAAUCAGUUUAAUUUCAGAAAAGCUCGAAUCUACUGAAAGUAUCCUGCAGGAAGCUACAUCAUCCAUGUCUUUGGUGACCCAGUUUGAGCAGGAAGUGUCCAGCCUCCAGAGCAUCCUACGUGACAUUCAAGAUAGUGAAGAGAUGCUCACUCAGAAGAUGCAAAGCCUUAAUGAGAAAUUCCAGAAUGUUACAGAUUUCUGGAAGAGAAGCCUAGAAGAAAUGAAUGUUAAUACAGACACUUUCAAAUCAGAAGCAAAGCAUAUGCAUUCUCAAGUUACUGUCCAAAUUAACUCGGUUGAACAAGGAAUAAAAUUGCUCACUGAAAGACUGAAAGAUUUGGAAGAUAGCACACUAAGAAAUAUUAGAACAGUAAAAAGACAAGAAGAAGAGGAUCUUCUCCGAGUGGAGGAGCAGCUUGGCUCUGAUACAAAAGCAGUUGAAGAGUUAGAAGAGGAACAGCAUGCUCUCUUUGCCAGAGAUGAAGACUUGACUAAUAAACUUGCCAUGUAUGAACCCAAAGUUGAAGAAUGCAAGACACAUUUACCAACAAUUGAAAGUGCUAUUCGCUCUGUUCUCAGAGUCUCUCAGGAUCUAAUAGGGACAGAAAAGAAAAUGGAAGACUUGACUCUGCAGAUGUUUAAUAUGGAAGACGAUAUGCUAAAAGCAGUAUCUGAAAUUAUGGAGAUGCAGAAAACCCUUGAAGGAAUUCAGUAUGAUAAUAGCAUAUUAAAGAUGCAAAAUGAACUAGAUGUUCUAAAAGGAAAAGUCCAUGAUUUUAUAGCAUAUUCAAAUACAAGAGAAAAGGGAAGUUUAGAAGAAUAUAAUCUAGAAAAUAAAGGAAUUGAUGGUAAUUUUUAAACUCAUUGCAUUUAUUCUGAUGAACCAUAUUAUUUUACACAUAAAUUGAUUAGUUCUGUGCCCUUGAGUUAUUGUGAUAUACCUCAUUCUGUUCUGCAUUAUUGGAAAAUGAGUGAAAUAUCCAUACAGAUGGAUUAUCCAGAUAGUUAAAGCUUACCUUUUCAAGCACUAGAAUUUAUUUCAUUUUAACCAUUUUCAAUAGAAAUAUUUCCAAAAUACAUAUUUCUGUACUUUCUAAGGCAAUAUACUUAGUAAUUUUUAAUGUUUUUCAAAUAAGUAAUUGACAUCAUUAUGAAUUUCACCUAUUGUAAUGCAUCUAGACAUAUCAAAGUCUCAAGGAGCUGUUGAGGCGUGUUUACCGACUUCACUAAGUGACCCCAGCUUGCUGUUUUUCAAAUCUUGUAUCAGUUCUUAUACCUCCUUUGUCAUCUGCUUUUAUGGUCAGGUUAGGUUGGUAGUGUGCCUACUUCAGCCAGUUCUUCACUUUCCCUUGUGAUUUGCUACAGACUAUCAAUCCAGACAACCAAGUUCAUAGGAAUUCUGUCUAAAAUAAAAGAUAGCAUGCCCAUGGGAGAGCCUGGGGGGCUUUUCUGUAAAUUUAUAUGGAUUGUUUGCAAUGUAUGUAAACUGGCAAACUGUUUUGCUUUUUGUUAAGGUUCUAAACUAUGUUACAGAUACUUAGAAGAAUUCUGUUUAAAAUAUGAGUGUGUAUGUUCUCAUUAAAGGCCUUUCUUAAGUGUAUAUGCUUUGAAAUAUGGACUUUUGGAAUAUCUUUGUAUACCCGGGGUUUUUUAUUAAGGUUGUAAUUGUGUUAUAGACUGUUGAGUUUGCUAGACACAUGAUCUCUAGAUAAGUUAUUCUACUUACAAUCAAAAUAUGCCGAUAAAGCCUGUGGCCUGUUUUAAAGAAGAAAAAAUCAGCAUAAUGAUUAUUAUAAUAAUUAUGGUAAUUAAAAUUAUUGUAUUAUUUUAAAGAUUUCCCCAGACUAAUGACCCAACUAAAUUUGUUUUACUUAUUGAUUGUAUUUUCCUCAAAGUUAUAUAAUCUAGUCACAGGAAGUAAAACAUUGACAUAUAGAAGGAGAUUAAGGAGAAGUCUAUCCAGAUUUUUACAGUAAUGAUAAUCAGAAUUAUAAGAUUUUUAUUGGUAAACUGAUGUAGCAAGAGUAUCUAAACUUGGAGUUGAAAACUGAGUCAACGGCAUAUGAAGUUCUUAUUUCUUCUUGCCAAUAACAUCUUUAGUCCCAGUUUUAUAAUGCAGUUUCAAUGGGAUUCAACGCAGAAACUCAAAAGUAGUGAGUUACAAAAGUAAUUGGGAUCAGGUAGUUUUACUCUGUAAAUUUGCGAAUUUUUGGAGAAAUCCCAAACAAGCUCAUUUGGGGCUAGAAGGUCUUAUUUUAGAUAGCUGUGGGUCUUAUUAGCCUAUAGAGUACUACUGUUAAGGAACAUAAGCGUUAAUUUCUGGAAUCUGAACAUUAAGCUUGACUUCUGAAUGUUUAAAUUCUUGUUUGUGUUCAGUGACAAAAUUGUACUUAGCUGGAACGUUGUUUUAACCUCUGUCCUGUCAAGGUAGAAAUGAUCUCUAGUACUGAUCACUUUCAAUUCUUUUUUUUUUUUGCCUGUCACUAAUUUUUUUUUUCCAUUUAUUUUUGGUGGCAAUAUACACAAGCAAACAUAUAUCCAUUCACAAUUUCUACAUAUACAAUUCAAUGACAUUGGUUACACAUUUCACCAUUCUCACUAUCUUUACCCAUACUGUUUCAUCACCAUUAAUUUAGACUUUUAUCCCUUAUGCAGAAGAAAAUCCUUUUUUUUUUUCUUAAAUUGUACUUUAGAUAAAGGUUUACGGAACAAACUAGCUUCUCAUUAAACAGUACCCAUAUUGUUUUGUGACAUUGUAUAACAAC